AUUCUUGAACUCAAGGGAAAGAGGAGCUUCCCGGCCUGAGAUGGUCGUACACAACAAAGCUCUUCCGGAAACCGCACAUCGCCGGUUCUUUCUCUGUACACUGACUAGAGUGUGUGCGCUCCUCAGUUAGGUAGACCAGAUCCUUCCGAAAUGGCGCUUAUGGAUGCAGUGUCACUGACGGCGAAAUACACGGCGGCUGUGUUUGCGUUCUAUUGGCUGGUGGCCUUUAGUUACCGACUCCUACUCCACCCUCUGAGAAACUACCCAGGGCCAUUCAUCGCUAAGUUGACAGACGGCUACGGCGGGUUUUAUGCUGUGGCGAAACGAAACCACUUGGUCACUCAGCAGAACCACCAGAAAUAUGGCCGCGUAGUGCGGUAUGGCCCCAACAGGCUCGUCUUCAAUUCGGCAAAGGCACUACAUGAUAUCUAUGACAAUGACAGAGUGGUCAAGUCCCGCGUCUAUCUGGUCACGCUUGGCUUCACCGGGACCAUCAACGUCUUCAGCGCCAUUGAAAGACGGGUGCACCGAGUUAAGCGCAAGCUCAUAGGCGGCGCCGUAACAGAGCGCUCCAUGCGUGACUUCGAACCCACAAUGGCCAGCCAAGUCCAUACCUUCCUCGAACGGAUUCUGGCCUCCACUCAAGCCUCCCAGCCCGUCAAUAUAUCAGCCCGCUGCAAGCGGCUCGGGUCGGACAUCGUCGGCCUGCUCGCCUUUGGGUUCCCGUUCAAUACCCAGACCGAGGAGACCUACCGCCCGCUACAGCAUGGAAUCGCGGCGUCAAAUGCCCACAAUAAUGUCAUGAUGCAGUUCCCGCGACUGGCGUCAUUGUGGAUUGCGUAUCCGUUGCAUCUGUUGAAUUAUGCCCCCCGUAAGGCAGCAUUUGCCAUGAUUGAAACGUUCAUCACUACUCGUAUGGCAGAGGGUAAAGAUGCGAGGCACGACUUGUACUCCCAGGUCGCCGACGAAAUCCCCCCUGCUGAAGUCUGGUCGGAGGCUUUGUUCUUCCUCCCAGCAGGAGGCGACACAACCGCGACGGCCAUCAGCGCCCUCUUCUUCUACCUCUCCCGCAAUCCCACCGUCUACCGGAAGCUCACCGCCGAAAUCCGGACCACUUUCACCAGCGGGUCCGAAAUCCACGGCGGACCCAAGCUUUCCGCCUGCACGUACCUACGCGCCUGCAUCGACGAAUCACUGCGCAUCUCCCCGCCCGUCAACGGGACACUCUGGCGCGAGCUUUCCCAAGAAGACCCCAGCCCGGAAAAGCCCUUCAUAAUAGACGGCCAUGUCAUUCCCCAGGGCACCCAGUUUGGCGUUAACAUCUACACCCUGCACCACAAUCCGGAGUAUUUCCCCGAGCCGUACAUCUUCAGGCCUGAGCGCUGGCUAGAAGGGGACGAGGCUGAGAAAAAGAGGAGAAAUGAUGCGUUUGCGGCUUUUUCCAUUGGUUAUCGUGGGUGUGCAGGAAAGGCGAUGGCGUAUUUGGAGAGUAGUCUUGCGGUGGCGAAGACAUUGUGGUAUUUCGAUUUUGAGAGGGCGGCGGGGCCGGAGGGAGAGUUGGGGGCGGGUAAGGAGGGGGAUCUGAAGGGGAGGCAUCGGACGGGCGAGUUUCAGUUGUAUGAUAUAUUUGCUUCGGAUCAUGAGGGACCCAACUUGGUGUUUAAAACAAGAGGGGAUCAUUGGAAAGAGCUUGUUAAGGGGUAGAUUAUGUGGGGAAAGUGCGGGAUUUUGUUUUGGAGAUGGGAGUUUGAGGUUGAGAUAUUGUAUCCAAACCCUGUGUCUGGCCAAAUUCUGACUUGAUCUUAUCUAACGC